AAAAAAAUGCCAUCCUCUUCUUCAGCUCAUCCAUUGAAAUUCCUCUCCCUUAGUUUAGCCCGUGAAUGAGGCAUUCUCCAUAUCCAUGGCGACCACACUCCAGACUCUCUGGAGUUUGCAUAGAAAUGAGAAGUAUUAAUGAAAGAACACACACACACUUCUCUCUUUCUCUUUCUCUCUCGUUCUCUCUCCGUCCAGUGUGCCAGAAAGCGCAAACAUUCCCACGUGAUGAUGGAGUUUGCUCCCUCCCUCAGCGCGCGCACAAUAGCGCACGCCAGCGCACCUCCUCGCGUCUAAACUCGGUCAAGACUCAGGUCUAGUCUCAGUCCACACGCAACGCGCAGCUUUGGAAGGAGCUCCGAGGAACACGGCGGCCACUUUUUAUUUGCCCGUUUCCACACCGGGAAAGGAGUUGCCCCCACAGCUUUUCUUUUUGUACUCCCCCCCGUUUCAAAUGGGAUUUACAUGCGCCCGCGGAACUUUGGCUCACUUUUCUCCUCUGUGACUUUAUCGGACCCAGUUUCGCUGUCAACAUGCCGGAGCGACUCAGCAUUUCGGACUUUGUGGUCUUGACAAACGAGGAUUUAACUUCGCCGGGGACGUCAAGCUUUCAGUCGAAAAUGAGCGACUGCCGGAGCACGGUUUCAACCGUGGAGGAGUCCCUGGAGAUGGACCACACAACUCUGCAGAAGAUGAAGAAGAUGAUCAAAGCGAUACACACGUCUGGACUCUCACACGUGGACAACAAGGAGCAGUAUAUCGAGGUGCUGGAGAACCUGGGGAACAGUCACCUAACCCAGGACAACAACGAGGUCUCCACGGGCUUUCUUAACUUGGCCGUGUUUACCAGAGAGGUCACGGCCCUCUUCAAGAACCUGGUGCAAAACCUCAACAACAUCAUGGCGUUUCCUCUGGAAAAUGUGCUGAAGUCAGAACUCAGAGACAGCAGAUUAGAGCUCAAGAAACACAUGGAGAAGAGCUGGAAGGAUUACGACACGAAAAUAGGGAAGCUGGAGAAGGAGAGGAAGGAGAAGACCAGGCAGCUGGGGCUGAUCAGGACGGAAGGAUCAGAUGGAGGGGAGGACAUGGAAAGGGAGAGAAGGAGCUUCCAGCUACAGAUGUGUGAGUAUCUUUUGAAGAUCCAGGACCUGAAGGUUCGUCAGGGCCCCGAUCUUCUCCAAAGCCUCAUUAAAUAUUUCCAGGCCCAGCUCAGUUUCUUUCAGGAUGGCCUGAAGGCUGCAGAGAAUCUUGCUCCCUUUAUCGAGAAGCUUGCUUCUUCUAUCCACACGGUGCGCCAGGACCAGGACGAGGAGGUGAAACAACUCACUCAGUUGAGGGAUUCUCUCAGAUUAUUCCUGCAAGUGGAGGGGAAAGAGGAGUACAUGAACAGGAAGAACUCUGGCAACGGGUACAGCAUCCACCAGCCACAGGGAAACAAGAAGUAUGGGACGGAGAAGUCUGGCUUCCUGCUCAAGAAGAGCGACGGGAUCAGGAAAGUCUGGCAGAAGAGGAAGUGCGGCGUCAAAUUUGGCUGCCUGACGAUAUCCCACAGCACGAUCAAUCGACCUCCAGCCAAGCUGAACCUGCUGACCUGUCAGGUGCGACCGAACCCGGAGGACAGGAAGACCUUUGACCUGGUCACUCAUAACCGAACAUAUCAUUUCAUGGCAGAGGACGAGCAGGAAUGUGUGAUUUGGGUGUCAGUGCUGCAGAAUAGCAAAGAGGAGGCCCUGAACACGGCGUUGGGAGGAGAUCAGCUUCACCUCCAGGACAGCGGGCUCCAAGAACUGUCCCGAUCCAUUAUCGCCGAGCUUCGACAAAUGCCUGGCAAUGAGGCCUGCGCUGACUGCGGAGCUCCAGAUCCAACGUGGCUUUCGACCAACCUCGGCAUCCUGACCUGUAUCGAGUGCUCCGGCAUCCACAGAGAGCUGGGUGUCCACUACUCUAGGAUCCAGUCUCUCACUCUGGACCUGUUGAGUACAUCUGAACUACUGUUGGCAGUCAGUAUUGGAAACACCAGAUUCAAUGACAUCAUGGAGGCAGGCCUUCCGAAUGACAUGGUCAAACCACUGCCGCAAAGUGACAUGAAUGCCAGGAAGGAGUACAUUGUGGCAAAGUACGCUGAACGCCGGUACGUCCUGCGCAGAGGAGAGGAAUCAAACCCCGGCCGGCUGUAUGAUGCCGUGAAGAGCCGCGACCUCACUUUGCUUCUGCAGCUCUACGCCGAGGGAGCUGACCUGGUCAAACCCCUCCCACUUCCCGAAGGACAGGGGAUCAAAGAGACAGCGCUUCAUCUCGCUGUCCGUCUGGAAGAAAGAAGCUCUCUGGGGCUGGUGGACUUUCUCUGUCAGAACAGCAACUGUCUGGAGAAGAGGACGACAGAAGGGAACACGGCUCUUCACUACAGUGUCCUGCAUCACAAGCCUGAAUCUCUUAAGUUGCUGCUCAAAGCGAAAGCUUCCCUUCACACAGUGAACUCGGGAGGAGAGACCGCGCUGGAUAUUGCCAAGAGGCUGCAGCACGCAGAAUGCGUGGAGCUGCUGGAGCUGGCCCAGAGUGGGAAAUUUAACUCUCAGAUCCAUGUGGAGUUCACGUGGGAAACUCAGUCUCAGGAGUUCUAUGACAGCGAGGAUGACCUGGAUGAGAGGGUGAGUCCAUUAUCCAAACAACGUUCCCCCCUGUCUCCGAGUCCAAAUGGAGGCAGCAGCUCUUCCUUUGCUCGCCUGACUGGGAGUAAUGGUGCCAGCGCUGGUAAAAGUGGCAGGCCCUGUCAAACCUACGAGAAUCUAGAAUUCCUGUAUAAAAAUCCUCCAUUCAAUAGCGCCCCCUCUGGAGCAUCAAUGCCGCCGCCGCCACUUCCAGUAAAAUGCAUCCAAAGAGGUCGCUCAGACCCCCAGAUUUCAGUGACGGUGAAGGAGGGGAACCCCCUUCCACGACGCUCGUCUAAUAUAGUCGUCCAUUCAUCCAGCCCCCAGACGCAGGCGAGGCACAGUCCUCCGUCACCCAAUACAGAGAACCAAGGCCAAAGCGGGAGACCCCCUAAGUCUCCCAAUGGACAAGGAGGUCUGUUCAAGGCCCAGAGGCAGAGCUGGGACGGCCAACCUGGUACCAGUCCAGGGUCUCAGAGCGGUGUCCCAGUCAGUUCAGAGAAAACCACAUCGUACCGUCGCACCAGCAGCGGAGGAAGCAGCCAGGGGAAGGGCAGCGUUUUGUCUCCGAGCUGUGUCGGCAGCCAGGAGGAGCUAUACUGCAGCUUAGUCGGGAAUAAUGCGGGCCUUGCUCCGUCUCCCGCUCCCACUCCAGCCCCUGCUCCUGCUCCAGCUCCAGCUCCGACUCCAACUCCAGCUCCAGCUCCGGGCCCCUCAUCUUCACCUACCGUGACCUGCGCCCCACGACCCCGUCGGAACGCUAUGGUUUCCGGCAGCAGACCACAUCAAAAGCGUGUCAAGGCUUUAGUGGACUGCCGAGCGGUCAGUUCGGAGCAUCUUGCCUUUUACAAAGAUGAAGUCAUUGUGGUCACAGCCACUAAUGACCCCCACUGGUGGGUCGGUCACAUAGAAGGGGAACCGUCCAGGAGCGGGACGUUUCCCGUCAACUACGUCCACAAACUUACAGAAUGAAGGAGACGCACUUCAUGAUAGAGAAACGGAUGUGUCACCAAGUGGAACUUAUCUACAGUAUUCUUUCCAUGGAUUCAACUCAGACUAGUGGGUUUGCAAACAUUUCCUCCUGAGGAUAUACUGGCCAAGGGAUAUCCGAAGAUGCAAAUGACUGUUUUAGGGCUUUAUACUCUUUUAACAUGUAUUCAUACUAGGAAAAAACAAAGAAACCGAAUGCUUACACUGCCCUGUAAAGCAUUAUGUUUGUUGUCACUAUUGAAAGGUACAAGUAAAGCAUUUGGUGUUGGAAUAGAAUAACGUCCAUUUAACCAUUAAUCCACCAUUUGUAUAGCAGUCGAUACUGAUCCAGGUUGUACAUAGAGACAAAAAUCACCUGCAGGGCAAAACCCUUUAAGGCACUUUAAACCAGAAGGAAUCUUGGCAGAACUGUAAAUGUGUACAUAGCUAGCUCAUGAAUAGGGAUUUAGCUGCUUUUUGUUUUGAACGGAAACUGUCUAGUCUUUUAAAUCACAGUAUACUAAGACUUGGAUGUGAGGUUCAAACCUGCCCAGCAUCCGCCGCAGCCUGCCCAGGGACCUGCCUGCCAGUCUGUCUCCGACAUAACGGCGGGCGUCCGGGCAGCCCAAAGGACACAUAUGAAACUUAAGCUCAGCCGUCUUGACUCUGGGCAUAGCUCUCUGGCUGCACGGAGAGUGGAGGAUCCAGUUUCUUCUGGCACCGUGCAUCGGUCUCUGGAGAAUCCUGAUUAACGUCGGUGUGUUAGGGAAGAAAAAAAAAAGAAGAAAAAAGACUCUACGCCCUACCAGGAAAUGGCACUUAAAGAGAGCUUGUUAGUAGCAGCACCUCCACUCACUGCAAUAAUUUGUUCCUUUUGAACAUAGUCUUACUUACUGUAACCAAGUGUCUCAUUUUAGAUAUUCACAAGCACACUUGCACUUAAUGCACACGCAUGGUAGCUUCCAGGAUUCAGAAACUUUAAGGGAGGAAAUCACAUCUGGGAGUGGGAGAGGUGUCACUGCUCCACUUGUUAUACCAGAAACAAAAGCCAAAAUCCAGAUCUAGCACAUUUCACAGAAAUUCCAACAUGUACAUACUUGUCUCUUAAGACUGUAACAUAUUAAUCGAUGGUACACAUGACAUAUUUCUACCCCCGUUAUAUAUUUCUAAGUACUGUCAAUGCAGAUAGUGUUACUUCUUGAAAAAAAUUCAUUUUUUUUUUGUUUUUUGUUUUUUUUUAGUCUUUUAAAGUGAUGUGUAAAAAGGGAUACGAUAGUUUUGCCUAGAAAGGAUCCUCUCGCACUGACACCAGACAGCAGUGGAGAGAGGUUCAACAGUUUCACUUCCUUGUUUCGCUCUUCUCAUGUUGAUGAUUAAGCAAAGAAAUCAUGAGACAACCAGGUCACCAGCCGUGGACGGCUGCAUUAGGCCACAACUGUAAGAGGGAAACGCUUAAACCGUAGAAGAUUAGUUCAUUUUAGUGAGCGUAUUUGUAACAUACUCAUUAAACAUGGUUUAAUAAAUGCCAAGCUGUCUUUCGUA